AUGCCAAUAGCACUUUCAUAUCAUCGCGAGGCCUACGAUCGCGAGCACCACCCAAGCAAAACAAACCACCUAACACCAUCACCUUCGACACCCAAAUCUCCAACCUCAUCAUCUAAAAGUAUGUACGGAACCGCUCCAGCUCACCCGCCCUUUGGUACCAUGAAAAUCAAAUAUCCUCAAACUGUUGGCGCACCCAGCAAUGACAAGUCGUCGAUGAAUGGAUGGACUAUGGGAUUGACUCUGGGUGCUGCUGCUCCACUGGGCCCGAACAGAUCUAGCCAGAAAAAUACUGGUGGUGAAUGGGUCAAUGGCGAGACCAAAGACAAGAAGGAGAGCACCGAUGUAUUAAACAAGGCCGAACCUGCAUUACCGAAAAAAUCAGCAGACGAUGAACGGCCACAAACGUCUGCUUUGUCUUCCAGUGCAGCGAGCCCAACAUCACCUACCAAAAGCUCAAGCGGAGUUGGAAUGUUGAUGGUACGAGUCGUAGAGGCCAAGAGUAUCCCAACUCUACCAAAUGGCAAGGAACUACCUUAUUGUGUACUGGAAUUCGAUAAGAAUGAAGUCGUGGUUGCUGCAAAAGAAGCUGGUCGGGAUACUAUUCUGUGGCAGCAUCGAGCUCACUUCGACGUGUCCCGAGAACACGAAUUGGCUGUAUCUAUAUACCAGAGGGGAGCGGGUGGUGCUGAUAUUUUAUUGGCUAGCGUAAAACUACGACCUAAAUUCACUGAUGGUGGAUUACAAGACGAGUGGUAUCAGAGUCAGAACUUUUCGUCGGACGGCAAGGAAGCUGCUAAUGGUGAAAUCCAUUUGCAGAUUGGGUUCAAGAAGCUUGGUGGAAAGCACAUGGACAUUGAAGAAUUUGAAUUGCUCAAAGUUAUAGGAAAGGGCAGUUUCGGAAAGGUUAUGCAAGUACGGAAAAAGGACACCAGUCGAAUCUACGCCAUGAAAAUCCUCAAAAAAUCCCACAUCGUCGAACGAUCCGAAGUAUCUCACACACUAGCUGAACGGACUGUCUUGGCUCAAAUCAACCACCCUUUCAUCGUCCCAUUAAAGUUCUCCUUCCAGUCACCUGAAAAGCUGUAUCUCGUAUUGGCUUUUGUGAAUGGUGGUGAAUUGUUUCACCAUUUGCAGAGGGAAGGAAGAUUCUCUGAGGAUCGGGCUAGAUUCUACACUGCUGAAUUGCUCUGUGCUUUGGAAUGUUUGCAUGGAUAUAAUAUUAUCUACAGGGAUUUGAAACCAGAAAACAUCCUAUUGGACUAUACCGGCCACAUUGCCCUAUGUGAUUUCGGCCUGUGUAAGCUCGACAUGAAACAAGGUGCCAAAACAAACACCUUCUGUGGAACACCUGAAUACUUGGCUCCUGAACUGUUGCUUGGACAGGGAUACACCAAAGCUGUAGAUUGGUGGACUUUGGGCAUACUAUUGUACGAAAUGUUGACUGGUCUUCCACCAUUCUAUGAUGAAAACACGAAUGAAAUGUAUCGCAAGAUCUUGAUUGACGAGUUGAGAUUCCCUGAUGAUAUUGGAUCUCAAGCAAAGGAUUUGCUCAAAGGGUUACUAAACCGGGAUCCAAACGAGCGACUCGGCAACGAAGGUCCCGAAGCUAUCAAAAACCAUCCCUUCUUUGCAGACAUCAAUUGGUCGAAACUCAUGGCCAGAAAGUACCAACCCCCAUUCAAGCCCAAUGUAGCAUCAGCUACCGAUACGUCCAACUUCGAUGAAGAGUUUACUUCAGAGGCACCUACUGAUUCCGUUACAGAGACAUCGCACUUGUCUGAAACCGUUCAACAACAGUUUGCUGGGUUUACAUUCCAGGCACAUGCGGAACAUAUGGCUGGUAGUGUUGUUGCUGGUAGUCUGAUGACGAAUGGGAUGCCAAGGGGUAAGGAGGUUGCUGGAAGUUUCAGACCUACGACAAGAGUUGGACGUGGUGUAUAA